CUGUCUUCUUCUGAAGCUUCCGAAUCCAAGUCGGUAGCUUUAUCUUCAACUUCUAAACUGUACCCAGAAAUCAGAAUCUCAAAACAGUUUAAAACAAUUCACUGCUCUCUUGGAUGCUUAAUAUCCGAACCAAAAGAAGGUUACCAAAGUCAGCCCAUAUCGUACGUUCCCAAAAGUUGAAACUGAAGUAAGUAAAACACACAACUCCAAAACUACGGUUUGGGAAAUUUUACUACUCAUUUCAAUAUAUAUUUCAAGCCAAUUCUCUGACCUUUUCUCCUUCAAGUCUUACUGUAUGUCAGCUGAUAGGGUGGAGCCAUCAUCAUCAUCUGAAGCGGGGACCGGGCGCCGAGCUGUUCACUCUGAUGAGGAAGUAUAUUUACUAGCAACGAGCAGGCCUAAGAAACGUGCCGGGAGGAGAAUAUUCAAGGAGACACGACAUCCGAUUUUCAGAGGCAUUCGAAGAAGGAAUAAAGAUAAGUGGGUAUGUGAAUUGCGGGAGCCUAAUAAAAAAACUCGCAUUUGGCUUGGUACUUAUCCCACCCCAGAAAUGGCUGCACGGGCACAUGAUGUAGCAGCAUUAGCAUUUAGAGGCAAAGCUGCCUGCCUUAAUUUUGCUGACUCUGCUUGGAGGUUGCCUGUGCCAGCUUCAAUGGAUGCAGUUGAAAUUAGGAAAGCAGCUGCUGAGGCAGCAGAAUCAUUCAGGCCUCAAGAAUUGGAGGAAAUUUCAAGAAGCGACGCGAGGCAGGAAAGUGUCAAGAAUUCUGAUGGUGAAGUUUCCAGCAGUGACGUUAACUUUGAGAACAAGGAAAAUACAGUGGCAGAAAAUGUGUUUUCGACAGAGAAAGUUCACUUCGUAGAUGAAGAAGCAAUGUUUGACAUGCCAAAGUUGCUUGUCAGCAUGGCUGAAGGUCUUCUACUUUCUCCACCUAGGAAUUGGGAUGAUGCUGAUAGUGAUAUCGAUGUGUCUUUGUGGAGUUAUUCGAUUUGAUUUGUUGGGAUUCAGUGUACAUUUACCGCAAGUUUUGUAAUAUGAUGAUUUAUUAAGGUUUUAGUUAUAGACAUAGAAAUGGUAUUGUAAAAGGAUGCUGAAAAUUUGAAAUCAAGGGCAUGUAAGAUAAACGAUUUCUACUAGCUUUUUUUGUUUCAUUA